AUGAGAAAACCAAAAGAAUUCGAGCAACUUUUGACGCAAACUGAUAUCUCUGUCUACAGAAGUUGCGAUAGAUGUGCAGGCUUCUUUGAUGAUGGUGAGCUGUAUGUAGCUUUCGAGGGAACAUCAUGGCAUCAGGAAUGCUUUCGGUGUGCACAAUGUUUGCUGCCCAUAAACCUCGAUGAUGAUUAUUUCGAAGUGGGUGGAAGACUGUACUGCCAACACGAUUUUCAGGUGCUUUAUGCUCCUAUAUGUGCAAAAUGCAAUUUUUUUGUGGUAGGGAAGUUGAUGCGGUCACUUAACUCUUCUUUUCACCCAUUAUGUUUCAAAUGUGACAAAUGUGCAGGAGGUUUGGACGAUGGAGUGUGGUAUGCCCAAGGAAGGUAA